CCCAUCGGCCAUGGCCGCCACCGACAUGCAAGCGUGCACGGCGAGUCCUCGCCUCCGCGGUCUGCGCCGCAUUUAAAUCUCGCUAAAUAAAUAAAAAGAAACUAACAAAUAAGAAGGAAAUAAACCCUCGCGCAGGUAUCCUUCUCCCAUUCCGAGUGCUCGAUCCUGUUCCUACCCCCUCCUCGGUUCUAGGGUUUGGCUCACCUCCCAGAGCAGCGCUUUUGUUCAUAUCUCUUCGAGUCUGGUUCGCCGAUGGUCACAGCCUCCUCACUGAUCGCACUGGGAGGAAUCUAGCCUCUAUCCUGUACGAUUUCGCCGUUCUUGAUCGCCCCGGGAAGCUGCGAUCCCGGACCGGCGACCAUGAGAACUGUCUCGCGGUGCGUCGGGGCUUGCCGGCUGUUAAAAUGCGGAGGGAAGCUAACCGGCGGCCGCCCCAGCAUCUCUCGGAAUCUUGACCCAUUGAUCUGCCGGUUGGAUCGCUGUCUGAUCUCUGGUCGCGCUUUCGGUGAGAAAGGAAGCGGGGAGUCUCGAGACGAUAGAGUUGGAGUGUUGAAGAGUGCGAGCACUCUGCUUGCAGGAGAAAUUCCGUUCUCCGAUCGUAGUCGGAUGGAUGUGAUGAGAAAGAGCAGCUCCUUUGGACGCCUGAGCUGUUUUCUAUCGGAUUCUUCUCCGCCGAUUGGGAAUAGACUUUUAAAAGACUUGGGAUAUUUGCAAAGAGGACAUGCGUUGUUUUCAACAUCUGCUAGUGAGAUGGCAGCAACAAAGAGAGUUGGUGGAGCUGGGAAUAAGAUACAGAAUGAUGUGACCAAAAUGGAAUCUGCGGAUGAACAAAUUGCAGACAUGAAAAUCCUUCGCACUCUUUCAAAGUACCUGUGGUUGAAAGAUAAUCUUGAGUUCCGGUUUAGGGUGUUGAUGGCAUUGGGACUUCUUGUUGGGGCAAAGGUUAUAAAUGUUCAAGUACCAUUUUUAUUCAAGCUUGCUGUGGAUUGGCUUUCAGCAAUCACUGGUUCUGAUAAUGCGAUGGCAUCCUUUUCUGAUACUAAUUCCACUCUUUUGGCUCUUUUUGUGAGCCCAGCAGCUGUUCUAAUUGGAUAUGGAAUAGCACGUACUGGGGCUUCAGCUUGCAAUGAACUGCGAAAUGCUAUAUUUUCCAAGGUAGCAUUAAGAGCUAUUCGGACUGUUUCUAGAAAGGUUUUCUCACAUUUGCAUGAUCUUGACCUUCGAUAUCAUUUAAGCCGGCAAACAGGUGCAUUAAAUCGCAUAAUUGAUCGAGGUAGCCGUGCAAUAAACUUUAUUCUUUCAUCAAUGGUAUUCAAUGUUGUACCAACCAUCCUAGAGAUAGCUAUGGUGUCUGGUAUUCUUGCAUACAAUUUUGGAGCUACUUUUGCUUGGAUUACUUCACUUUCUGUUGCUGCAUAUAUUGCUUUCACUCUGAUUGUGACACAGUGGCGAACUAAGUUUCGGCAAGCCAUGAAUAAAGCUGAUAAUGAUGCAAGUACCAGAGCAAUUGACUCCCUAUUAAAUUACGAGACUGUCAAGUAUUUCACCAAUGAAUCAUUUGAAGCCAAAAAGUACGACACAUAUCUAAAGAGGUACGAGGAUGCUGCAUUGAAAACUCAAAGUAGCCUUGCUUUUUUGAACUUCGGCCAAAAUGUUAUAUUUAGCACGGCUUUAUCAACAGCAAUGGUUUUAUGUUCAUACGGAAUUAUGAAUGGUGCAAUGACAGUUGGAGACUUGGUUAUGGUUAAUGGGCUCCUCUUCCAGCUGUCUCUACCUCUUAAUUUCCUUGGAAGUGUGUAUCGUGAAACAAGGCAAAGCCUAAUUGACAUGAAGUCCAUGUUUCAAUUGCUUGAGGAGACUCCAGAAAUACGAGAUAGUUGCAAAGCAGAACCAUUAAAAUUUAGAGGAGGAACCAUCAAAUUUAACGAUGUACAUUUUGGAUACCUAACAGACCGUAAGAUUCUUGAUGGAAUAUCUUUUAUUGUAUCGGCAGGAAAAAAUGUGGCCAUUGUUGGAACCAGUGGCAGUGGGAAGUCAACCAUACUUAGAUUGCUCUACAGAUUUUUUGAUUCAGAUUCUGGAUCAAUACGAAUAGAUGGUCAAGAUAUAAGAGAGGUAACCUUGGAAAGUCUUCGUAAGUGUAUUGGUGUUGUGCCGCAGGACACUGUACUUUUCAACGAUACAAUAUUCCACAAUAUACAUUACGGCCGGUUGUCAGCAACAGAGGAGGAGGUCUUUGAAGCUGCUCGGCAUGCAGCUAUUCAUGAUACAAUCAUGAAUUUUCCGGAGAAGUAUUCAACCAUUGUUGGAGAGCGAGGAUUAAAGUUAAGUGGUGGAGAAAAGCAGCGGGUGUCACUUGCUCGUGCAUUUCUGAAAGCACCUUCUAUUCUCCAAUAUGAAUUUAUUGAAGUUCGGACUCCUCAUAUGCUGUAUAAUUUUGAAGACUUCAGAAACUAUUUGAGAAAUAGCUGUCUUUUACACUAUGCUGGAAGUGUUCUCAAGUCCAAUAUUCAUGAGGCCCAUGAAACCUUUCUGCUAUGUGAUGAAGCUACCAGUGCACUUGACAGCACAACCGAAGCAGAAAUCUUGAAUGCAUUGAAGACUUUAGCAAACAAUCGGACUUCUAUCUUUAUAGCUCAUCGGCUUACUACUGCAAUGCAGUGUGAUGAGAGAAAUUAUUUCCAUUUGAUCACUUUGUUUCUAGAGAGACUUGCUGGACAUUCAGUAUUUUGAUUUUGUUUGGACAUCGCCAUGGUAAGAUUUUUGGUCUGAAUAACCAAGUUGUUUAUUAAAAGAUUGAAUGCUUUUCUGGUAAAAGUAACUGAAAUUUCAUUGUAAGACUUUUAAAUGCACGCAUUCUUAAGCAGUGCCUUAAAAUGGAAUGGAAUGGGAAAACAGCAGUGUCAAAAUCAUGCUCUUUUUUUGUAGGCGCACUCUCAUUGGUUGUAUUUGUCUUAACAACAUGAUCUAGAGAGAGACACAAGGAAAAUCCAGCUAUUAAAAGGGAAGUGCAUUUAAGACUUCAUGAGAAAAUUUUAUGACAAAGAGAAGCUUCUUCUACCUUCUUCCCCCUUUUAUAUAUGCAUGCUAGACAUGCCCAAUGCUUGUUGUCAGAUAUUUACUCUUUUUUUUUUUAAGACUGAAUUCGCUUCAUGUUAUUUACAGAAUCUGGAAUGUAAAUUUUUGCACCUUUUAGAUGUUAAGAUUAUUCAUUUAGUUUGUUCAACUUCGUGCCUUGUGAUUUUUUGACUUCCAACUUAUUAGACCGACCUUAGUUCAUCUCUUCACGAUCUGUUUAACAGGAUCGAGAAAGUGAUAUUUUGUGCAUUGGCAGAAUCAAUGAAUGUCCGUGUAGAUCUAGUAACAAGGGAGUCAUAUUUUGGUAACUUGUUUAAUUUCACUUCUGAUGAUUCACUUUUGUUUGGAAAUUUCAGAUUAUUGUUUUAGAGAAUGGAAGAGUAGUAGAACAGGGUCCGCAUGAAGUUCUCUUGUCAAGGGCAGGAAGAUAUGCGCAGUUAUGGGCCCAACAGAACAACAAUGAUGCUCUGGAUACUGCUGUCAAAGUAGAAGCUUGAAACUCAAGUGUUAGGCUUGCCAAACAUACGAGAAAUUCUACGUAAGGAUAGAGAAGAUGCAAUUUUUUAUGUUUAAAUUACAUACAUAAUUAUAUGAGCGAGUAUUUAUUCGAUGUUGUAACAUAAGCCAAUGUGCAUUCAAGCAUUAUAUUCAGACCGUUGUAAUGGAUGGCGUCUGAAUGCAGCUAAUAAAUAUUUCCUUUUGCAAA